AAGCUUUUAAAAACCAAUAGAUACAAAUAUUGUGGGAGAUUAGGAAAAAUGCCGCUGGGGAAAUACUACUGCGAUUAUUGCGAUAAACAAUUCCAGGACACUCCGCCGUCACGGCGGCGCCACCUCAACGGCGUAGCUCACCAGAGGGCCAAAGCUCUCUGGUACGACGCCCUUCGCUCCUCCUCGCAAUUGGCUCCGGAUCAGGUUGACGACUUCCAGUCCGUUGGCAAAGGCGUCUGCCAUCGAUUUGUCCGUACGGGUUCAUGCCAAUAUGGACAUUCAUGCAAGUAUUAUCACCCCAAGAAAAAUUUACCAAAUAUGAAUGCUCAAAGAAUGGAAGGAACAACUGCCCAGUCUGGGGGUAUUCCCGGUAGUCGUUUGAACGGAGGAGCCACUCUGCCUGCCCUACUCUUUGGCAAUCAAAUGGGAAUGUCGCUUGGAAACCUACCUCCGUCGUUGUUGCCUCCUCCAGAAGGUGGAUAUCCUCCUCUACCCUUUGUUGAUUGGGGAUAGGUGUGCUACCUUUUCAUACCAGCUAUAGUUUAAUAUACCAAUAUUUGUAAUACUUCUUUUGAGCUUGUUUUUACUACACCCACAAGUUUCUUGUUAGCUAAAAUACAUUAUUUCUCACCUUAUUUAUGCCUUUCUCAUGAUACAUUCUUCUCAACAGCUUUAUAGAAACCUUUUGUAAUCUGCAUUUUUCUAGAAACUGUUCUGUUAAGCUUGAAAGAAUUUUGAACU